CCAUAGGAAAGAGGCCAGAUCGGCUAAAAAUUCCUCAAUCUCUGAGAGUGAGACACUGCAUCUACUGAAAGCUUUUCGACAGUGUUUUGUGAAGCUUUUUGUAAAGCUGGGAUUUUAGUGUUCGCUCCGAGCCACGUCACAGGGGAGCGGAACUGCUUUAAAUCCCCGAGUCGGGAUCAAAUUUCCUGCUAUUCCCGCCCCCCCCUCCUCCCUGUGUGUGUUGUGUGGACCGAAUUCCUCUCCUCUCUUUCUCACACAGCUCCUUCAACUCGGAUCGCUCCAAGAUGGUAUUCAAAAGUAUUCCGUUUUUUGCCCUCCUGACCAUCGCCUUGAUAAAUGCUGAAGAAAUGAAUAGCAAGUCGAAGAUUUGCGCCAAUGUGUUCUGCGGUGCUGGGAGGGAGUGUGCUGUGACAGAGAAGGGUGAACCCACAUGCCUGUGCAUUGCAGAAUGCAAACAUCACAAGAGGGUGGUGUGUGGAAGCAAUGGGAAGACAUACCGCAACCACUGUGAGCUUCACCGUGAUGCAUGUCUAACUGGCAUGAAGAUACAGGUCUCUCAUGAUGGGCAUUGUGAAGAAAAGAAGAAUGAAAAAAUAGCAGCCAGUAGCCCAGUUGUCUGCUACCAGUCCGAUCGUGAUGAGCUCCGACGCCGUGUCAUGGAGUGGCUGGAGACUGAAAUCAUUCCUGAUGGAUGGUUCUCCAAGGGCAUCAAUUAUACAAACAUUCUCAACAAAUACUUCAAGAAUUAUGAUGAUGGUGACACCUACCUGGAUUCUAAUGAGUUCCUGAAAUUCGUAGAACACAACGAGACCGUUAUCAACAUUACCUCGUACACUGAGCAGGAUGACACCAAACUUCUUCGGGGUCUCUGUGUGGAUGCACUGAUUGAGCUUUCUGAUGAGAAUGCUGACUGGAAACUCAGCUUCAAUGAGUUCUUGAAUUGCCUGAAUCCUGGUUUUGUCCCUCCUGAGAAAAAAUGUGCCUUGGAAGAUGAAACCUAUGAAGAUGGAGCUGAGACUACAGUGGAGUGUAACCGAUGUGUCUGUGCCUGCGGCAACUGGGUGUGUACUGCUAUGACCUGUGACGGUAAAAAUAAGGACCUCCCUGAGGAGCAGCCACAAGCUACUACAGAUGAUGAGAUGACUGAGGAGGAUUGGACAAAGUACGUCCAUGAACUCAACAAGCAGCAGGAGACUGCUGAGAAGGCUAAGAAAGUGAAUGCAAAGGACAUCUAAAAAUACAGGGUUUGGAAGAGAAACAAAGUUGAUCUUUUUUCUAACCUGUUUCUCUCCAUUCAGCCUACCAGUAACACUUGGAACUUCAACAAUCACUACUAAAUAUAUAUACACAUUAUAAACAGUAUUUUUGGGCUUUAUGUCGGGGAUGAAGGGAGUCCUUGAUUUUAUUCAAACAGACUUCUUGUAAUGUACUGUAAUGUUUAGUAAAAGAGCUAGCCAUAAAUGGUAAACUGUUGGUUUGAAUUGCAAAAGCUACAUAGUCCUGUGAUGGAAGAUGGUGAAAAACAUAUUCUCCCCUCCUUUUUAGUUACCCAUGUUCCUCUAUUACACACACAGCCAGAAGUGAAGCUUCCUUGGACAGCACCCCUGGACCAGAAUUCUAGAUUCUGGAUUAAAGUUUCCCAGUGAGGCCUAAAAUUCAGGCAGCAACUUUGAUCAGAGUGAUGGAGUCAAAAUUACUGAUAAGAUUGGUUUGUUAUUAGAACACACAGAAUUGUGGAUAUUUCGUGACCUUCAGCUGGCAGCUUUCAGUGACACGGAGCCAAAGUUGUGGUGUCAUUUCCUGAUGCUCUUUGAUAACCAAACCCUUCAAUUAACCCAGAAUUCUGGUGCCAAAAAAUCUCUGACGAUAGAAGCAAGUUAAUACAAGAAAAAUUAGGUAAUUUAAAGUUACAUAAUUUUUCUUACGCAUAAAUAUCUAAAAUAUUAACUAUAAAUAUGUAUUAAGGACGUUAUAAUGACUAAAGUGAUUCAAAAACCUGGCAAAGUCUGUUUGGCUGUGGCUGUGUCGCACUUUGGGAUCCCUUCAGUUUAGAUGCUAGAGUCUAUGUAUUAUUUUUGGUGUUUAUAAACAUAUUAGGGCGGGAGUUCCAUCUGCCUGUCAAUUGUACCACUGCCCCAGGGAAAUUCUUAAGGUCAGCCUUACUUUUGGAGGGUUUCAGCCUGUGCACAGAACACACUGAAGGGGAGGUGAAGAAAAACCUUCAAAUCAUAAGUUUCUGGAUCCUACAGCAGCUUAAGGAGGUCAUCCUCCUUAAUGCCAGAGAAAAACAAUUGCCUUUUGUUAAUUCAUGUGCACGGUGCCAAUCAAUCACCUCAUGAUUGAUUGCUACCCACUGAGUGGGCCUCUCAAUUUUUUUAAAGACCUCCUGAGCAAAGCUGAAACACUGUUACAUUUUGACAUUACUAAGCUGUUAGUAUCGUCAUGAUAAUAAUGAUUGAAAAUGUAAUGUGUGGUGUCAUUUUUCCACUCCUGCCCUUUUUGGUUCCCUAUCCAUAUCUUUUUGGCCAUGCGUUUUGGUAUCCAACAGGAAUAACACCAGAUCACUACAAGGGCAGAAAUGGGCAGGUACCAAAUAGUCCCAGCUGAUUCCUGCCAGCCUGGCUGGUGCCUGAAGAUUUAGCUCAGUAGAUUCUUCCCCAUGGUCUGUAGGUCAUGUAGAGAAAUAUGGGGAAUGUAACUUUAGCCAUCUUCCCCAAAGGUUUACAAGCACUCUGUUGACAUUUCAUAAAGGUGCUACUAUGUUCCUUCUUUCCUUAAUUUUUGUUAUUUACAGUUUUUUUAUAAUCUCUGGAGUGUCCAAAAUUUUAUUUAAACUCUUGUGUGUUAUAAAGAGCAUCCACAAAGUUGAACGUAAAAGCUUGAGUGCCUAAGGAUAGAUUGGAAAUCCUAUAGAAGUUGGUGGUGACAGGCUAUGUUAGGGUGUCAAAUUGCCAUGGUGUAGACAAAAAGGGGGAAACUGCCUUAUACCAGUAUGCUCUGGAGCUGCUGAGAUCCAUUUGAAAUACUUCUGAAUAACCUGUAAAAGGCAAGAUGUCUGCCAGGAAAUGCUGUUGUUUCAAAUGUUUCCUCUGCAUUUGGGAAAGUGUGUUCAGCAUUGCAGCAUGAAACUGCAAAUAUUAUUGCAAUAGUUAAAAAUCUUGAUAGAAUUUUCCAAUACUUGCAAUCUAUCUGGGUUUCUCCAGCUAAUGCCAGUUGUCAGGAGAUAAGGGUCUUCUACUAUAUGUAGAAGUUUCAUGCAACUUUGGAGGUGACCCCAAAGAGGCGAUAAUCAGAAGGAUGCUUAAAGUGAGAAUGUCGUAGUUUCAGGAAGCCAAGAUGAAGAUGGGAAGAAGCACUUUUAAAUGCCUUUGGGUUGUUUUUCUAAAGGUUAGAUCAGCCAUAGUAUCCAUGCAUUAUCCUAAUAACAAUUAAUUUGAUUGCUUGGAAAAAAACAGUAUUCAUCGUAUUUCAGUUUGCUUUUCAUCUUAUUCUCUGAAACUGGUUCGCUGACAAUGUGGUUAAUGAAUCUGGUUGAAUAUUAACAAGACAAACCCGCCCCCAACCCCCGAGCAGAUAAAUAGAAGACCUUGCCUGAAAAAUAGAUACUUAAUCAGUUUUUGUAUCCCAGCAUCUGUCAGAACUUCAUGAAGUGUCAAGUUGCACAUGUUUGCACCAUAUAUUUCUUACUCUCAAUGUUGUUAAUUGUUAUAGGCUCUAAGACUGUAUUUCUGUGACCUUGUUUUGAACUACUACCUUAUUGAACCAUAAGAGAAAUAUUGUAUACUCCGUGACCAAACUGUCGUAAGAGGAUUUCACGUAUUGUAGUUUCCUUUUGUACUUACUGGCAUUUUUGGGCUUAAUGUCAAUAAAUUUUCUUAUAAAAA